UCCUAGACUACAGACCUAUGGACUAUUGCAUUAUAGUUCACUGACACGUAGAGUCCACGCCGACGCCUACAACUCGCGGAGCACAUAAGUGCGGGUAAAUGAGUACGAAGGGAGCGACACUCGACGUCGGGACGCCACUGUCGAAGGACGCGUGUGACAUUAAUAUGUAAAAACUUGACUUUAUAGUUUAUCAGUUCGAUUAUUUGAAUUUUAAUGUUACUUUUUUUUAAUUUUUUUUUUUCGUCGGUUACUAAUUUUUGAUGAAUAUCAAAAUAAAUAAGAAACUAUAGUUGGAGGUUCAUUUAUUUAAACGAGUGUUUGAAUUUAAAUAAACAAUACAAAACUGUGGGAAGUUUAAUAAACUUUUAGUGCGACGGUGAUUUUUUUUUUAAAGUGAAUUUGUGCUAACGAAGGAGAGACAAUAAAAUUUUUAAAAUAAAACAAUAAUUUUUUUAGACAUUAAAAAAAAUUUUUUUUUUAUUACCAAAAUUUAAAAAAAAGUGCAAUGAUCGCAAUGAAUCAUCAACAAGCAUCGAGAGGAAAUUCUCACAUUGGUCAGUACGAAGAAUUAAAUGGAGUAUCGAUGACAAAUGGGGGUAUAAAUGGUAGCGGUUCAGGUGCCGGUACAACAGGAGUCACAAAUUCUACAUCAGGAGUAGGAGUUACAGGAACAAAUCAAAAUACCGAGAAUUCUGCAAAAGGUGUACAGGAGGCGCCACACCGCGAGGAUAAUCUGAAAGCACAGAGCCGACGUAUUGGAUCGGCAGCAAAGACCGUCGGUAGCUCGUCGGAGAACGCGGUUGCUGAAAAGCACGUAAUCGACGACGACACUGAGGAGGAGGAAGAGGAAGAAGAGGACGAGGACGAGGACGAGGAGGAUCAUAUCGAGGAGGACGAAGAGGAAGACGAGCAAGCAGUAAGAGAGAUGCGACGUGAGGGUAACAUUGGUAACGGUACCACGAGAAUGUCCACGACAAAUGAAAUGGGGCAAGAAUUGGCGGGACGUGAGACGGCGCGUGGCCCCUCGUCUGCUAUUCCAAUGAGCAUCGGGGUAGGGAUGCCGUCAGUUGAAACUGGGGAAUUUAGUGGUGGAAACGUCGCCACCGGAGGUGGCAUGGGCGGCUACUGGAGGCAGAGUAGACCCUCCAGUCCCCGCAUGCCGCCUCCUGAGCAACCGGAGUCCAGGCCAAAGAGCCGACACGACUCUAUUGCUAAUUCUACAAUCACUACUACAACUAGAUACAAUAAUCUUGGAUAUUGGCGAGCUAGACGUGUUACUUUUUACAAAAAUGGAGAUCCUUAUUUUCCUGGUGUGGAAUUUAGAUUCAAACCUGGACGUGAUAUUGGAUCACUGGAGGCACUUCUUGAUCGGCUGUCUCUGCGUCUUGAUCUUCCACGAGGUGCGCGUCAUAUAUUUUCGAUGGACGGAGAUAGAAAACUCAAUCUUGAUGAGCUUGAAGACGGAGCUUCUUAUGUCGUGUCUAGUUACAAAACAUUCAAGCCGGCGAGCUACGGGAAGAAGGGCAACACCUGGUACACACCACCAGGAGGUGUCAGUAGGGCUGGAGCAGGAGGCGGAUGGCAAAGUCGACCCCCAGCGGUAGCGAGUCUCAGCAGAAAAGCCUCAAUUACUGAAGAAGCGCCACCCCCAGGGGGUGGAAAACCCUCGUCCGGUCGGGUCAUUCGUAUUGUCAACAAUCUUGACCAUACUGUACAGUGUCGUGUGCUGUUGAACUUAAGGACAUCGCAGCCUUUUGAAGAAGUUCUUGAGGACCUGGGCCAAGUGUUGAAAAUGAACGGGGCCAAGAGAAUGUUCACAGUCUCAGGACAAGAGGUCCGCAGCUUUUCUCAAUUGAGAAAUGAAUUUGCUGAUGUGGAUACAUUUUACCUGGGAACUGGAGCAUCAAUGGGUAUAAGCGGUGCCUCGAUGACAAGUUCAUCUCCAGCUCGUAGAUCGCGAUCUCGUGGACCACCAGCAUUGCAAAUGUCUGGAGCUAGUGAAGAUGUCGUUAGACAACGACGCGCACGUAGCAAAAGUCGUCCACGCGCACUUUAUGCCGCGGAUUCCGAAGUCGUACGAGUUAAUGACUACAGUGUCGUCGAAGUACUGAGAGAAGAACCGGCUCGCGUAACAAUAAGAGGAUUAAGGCGGUCGUUUUAUCCUCCAUCGCAUUUGCCUCUAGUUGACAAUUCACCCCCUGAUAAAAAACUUCAACUCGAGUGGGUCUACGGAUACCGAGGGACUGAUACCCGGAGAAAUUUGUGGGUUUUACCAAGUGGAGAACUUUUAUAUUACGUCGCAGCUGUUGCUGUUCUAUUCGACCGCGAAGAAAAUACGCAACGUCACUAUAUUGGUCACACAGAAGACAUCACUUGUAUGGAGAUACACCCGAGUAGAGAACUUGUAGCUUCUGGACAACGUGCUGGUAGACAUCGCAAAGCACAACCGCAUGUUCGUAUUUGGUCCACGGAAACUCUUCUUACGCUUUAUGUUUUUGGAAUGACGGAGUUCCAAAUGGGAGUAUCCGCCCUCGCGUUUUCUCAACUUAAUGGGGGAAGUUAUGUUCUUGUUGUUGAUUCGGGACGAGAAGCCAUUUUAUCUGUAUGGCAGUGGCAGUGGGGUCAUCUUCUUGGAAAAGUGGCGACUCUACAAGAAGAUUUAACCGGAGCAGCGUUUCAUCCCCUAGAUGACAAUCUUUUAAUAACUCACGGUCGAGGUCAUUUGACAUUUUGGAACCGUCGUAAAGACGGAUUUUUUGAGAGAACUGAUAUUAUCAAACCGCCAUCGAGAACUCACGUCACAAGUAUCCAAUUCGAGCAAGAUGGCGACGUAGUAACAGCAGACAGUGACGGAUUUAUAACAAUUUACUCAGUGGAUGCGGACGGCGCUUAUUUUGUUCGCAUGGAAUUCGAAGCCCAUAAUAAGGGUAUAAGUUCACUGGUUAUGCUUUCCGAAGGUACUCUAUUAUCUGGUGGUGAAAAGGACCGGAAAAUAGCUGCUUGGGAUUCGCUACAAAACUACAAACGAAUUACCGACACUAAGCUGCCAGAAUCAUCCGGAGGAGUACGAAGUAUUUACCCACAGAGACCGGGAAGAAAUGACGGGAAUAUUUACGUCGGAACAACGCGUAAUAAUAUUCUCGAAGGCUCUUUGCAACGGCGGUUUAAUCAAGUGGUUUUCGGACACGGAAGACAACUUUGGGGACUCGCUGUUCAUCCGGAUGACGAAGUAUUUGCGACUGCGGGGCAUGACAAGAAUAUCGCGCUUUGGAGAAGACACAAAUUGCUUUGGACAACCCAAGUUGGAUUCGAGUGCAUUUGCAUCGCGUUCCAUCCAUUCGGUGUCGCUUUGGCAGCCGGUUCGUCUGAAGGUCAUCUUCUUGUACUUGCAGCUGAUACCGGAGCUGCAGUGGCGACUCUCCGCGUUUGCGGAUCACCUUUAUCGUGUAUUGGAUAUAAUCCAACGGGUGAAAUAAUAGCAAUGGGAUCACAAAAUGGCAGCGUCUAUCUAUUCCGUGUGUCUCGCGACGGAUUUUCUUACAAAAAGAGCAACAAAAUUCGCGGUACCCAGCCAUUGGUCCAACUUGACUGGAGCUCGGAUAGUAGAUUCUUACAAACAGUUACUCAAGAUUACGAUUUAGUUUUCUGGGAUGUCAAAGCUCUGCAAUCUGAAAAAAGUCCAAUUGUUAUGAAAGAUGUCAAGUGGCACACUCAUAAUUGUACUGUUGGUUACAUGGUUUCCGGCAUGUGGAAUAAUCGUUACUAUCCACUGACGACAGUGAUAACGACAUCAAGUCGCUCAGCAGCACAUGAUAUGCUAGUGAGUGGAGAUGCCGAAGGAUAUUUAAGACUCUUUAGAUUCCCAUGUACCAGCGCAAAAGCUGAAUACGUUGAAGAAAAAGUUUAUAGUUCACUUGUGGCAUGUGCUAGAUUUUUGUACAACGAUCAAAAUGUUGUAACCGUCGGUGGUACUGAUGCAGCUCUCAUGCUUUGGGAAUUAGUAGACGAAUAAACAAAUAGAUAAAUAGAUUUUUAAAAAAAUAUAAAAUAUAUAUUGUCAAACUUUUAAUAGAAAACGAACUCCAAACGCCGGCCGUAAGUGGAGGUCAGUUUUAAAAUAAAAUUGUAACUGCCGAGAACAUGAUUUUUAAAUCAAGAACAUUUUUUUUCUUUUCUGUAAAAGUUAAUUUUAUCAACUACUUGUUGAGGGACAUCGACGUUAAUAUAUAUUUGAUUAUAUUAAUAUAUAAUAUUCUAAUUAUUGAAAAAAAAUUUUAGCGUUACUGCAAUAAAAUUUUAAAUGGAAGGAAGUUUAUGGAAAUAAAUUGUCUAACUCGUAAACUAUUGAGUUUACGUCCAUAAUAUAAGAGAUGUGUUGUGUAGAAAAUGUAAUUUUCUACUGAUAAUUUAUUGACAAUUAUCUUAAUUCUUAAACGGUCACACGGGAACCGGAAGACUAGACAAUUUUAAACUCCAAAUUUAAAUUCUUAAAUUCUGGAAAUUUUAAACUCAAAAUAUCUCAAUAAAUAUCAAGAUUUUGAGAAAAUUACAAGAUAUCUUUUUUGUAGAAAAUUUAAUGUUCUACAAAAAAGGUCUAUUGCAAUUUUUCGAAAAAUUUUAUAUUUACAGAGAUAUUUUCAAAAAACCAAUGGCACUUUUUUUUUGAUGAAUUUGAAUU